AUGGCUGACGCGGCGGACAGGGCCUGGGCCGAGCUGAAGCGAGGCCUGGGCAUCGAUGGCAGUGCUUCCUUGGACAAGGUUCCGGAUGACCUCCUGGAGGCUUUCGAGCGCUGGCGUCGCACUGCUGACGGAGAGCACCACGGGAUCAAGUACCGCCUGAAGACCAUGCUCUUCUCGAGGCAACCAACGCGAGACCGUCUGACAACGGCCAUUCGCAGCGGCAUUCCGUCCUCAUUGCGUGGCACAGUCUGGUAUUUGUGCAGCGGUGGUCUGAGCAAGAGGCGGCAGAGUUCAAAGUCUUACGAGGACCUAGUGCGGGAGGGCCACUGUGCAAAGAACACAGUGGCUGCGCGAACGAUUGCCAACGACCUUCCGCGAACGGGGUGCGAGGAGAAUCUGAUCUCGCCCUUGGAGAAUGUGCUCCUAGCAUAUGCAGUGCGGAAUCCAGUCAUCGGAUACUGCCAGUCUAUGAACUUUAUCGUUGCCACUUUUCUGCUGUACUGCUGCGAAGAGCACGCAUUUUGGAUGCUCUGCAGCGUGAUUGAAGAGAUCAUGCCUAUCGGCUACUACACCGAAGACCUUCGCGGGUUGCGCUCCGAUCUACACGUUUUCAAUUGGUGUAUCGAGCAAUACUUGCCGCAGCUCUACCAGCACUUUUGCAGGAAUGCCAUUGACGCGGCCCCGAUUUUCAUGAACUGGUUCCUCUGCCUUUUCGUUAACACGCUGCCCCCCGAGCAUGCGCAUCGAGCUCUUGACUGCACGCUUCACGAGGGCCACAAGGCGCUCUUCCGCAUAGGACUUUCGAUCCUGGCCCUUCGGCAGAAGGAACUGCUCAGCGCCACCAAUGUGGUCGAGGCCUACUCAUACCUUCGCCAGCCGUUUGGAGAGAUGCAGCGGGCCCCCAGCGAAGAGCUGAACUUUGUGGAUAUCACGUCCAAGCAGAUGCUCGACGCUGCAUAUGGCCCACUCUUCAAGAACUUCAGGUCGGCGCAGAUCGCGAAGAUUCGGGAGAUGUGCGUCGCGCGGGUGCAAGCAGAGGAUGAGCAGGCUGCUGCCAGAAAGAAGGCGUGGGCAGCCCAGAAUGCCAAGCCACAGGCGACUGAGGAGCCUCCGGCGCCCUCCUCUUCGCCUCCGCCGGCACAGGGCUUUCUCAGCGCCGGCCCGAAGGAGCUCCGCAGCGCGGCCAGGGAGGAGUUGCCCCAACCACCGCGCAGCACCCCUCGGGCAGCGGAAUCUACGGAGGAGGUCGAAUCCUGGCUCUCCUUCGUGCGGAUCGGCAGCGCACCCGAGAUGGCCGAGCCAGGCCUUGAGCGCAGCCCAAUGCGGUCAGUGCGGAAGGCCAUCACGGUGACGGCUGCUGAGGCCGCGCGAGCGGUGGCAACGCCCACAGCGAAGCCGGUGGCAUUGCCCGUGGCAGCGCCUGUGUCAAUACGACGCCAGGUCGUCGUCAACCAGCUGCCUCAGAAUUUCAUGCCCUACCCUUGCACGGCCAGCAGUGGCCAGGCUGUGCUUCGGGCCCACGUGUCGGGCAACGGCAUCAAGUCGGUGCGCGUCAGUCGUGCGGGGCUGCAACCUUCCAGUGGUCAACCUGCGGUGGUUGUGCGUCACCUGCCAGUGGCCCGAGUUCUAACGCCAACAUCAGGCUACAGUCACUCUGGUGUGUGGACGACCCAACAGCGACCGCUUUUGCCAACAGCAUCGGCCUCCUUUGGCACUCCGACUCCCGUGCUGCAUCGUAUUGCAAUCCCGCCCGCAUCGAUUGCGUUACAGCGGACAAGCACCCGGUGA